AUGACAACAUUACAAGAACAAUUUGAAAAAGAUUUUCCGGAUAAGGAGGUGGUGGUGAUUGAUGCUGAUGUUAAAUAUGGAGACGAUGCAAAGCAUGGAAGCAGAAACUUCACCAAUUAUGAUUUGGAUUUGAGGGAAUAUAAAAAUGUGAAAGACUUAAAUUUAAGUGGUAAUGAUCUAACUUCAAUAAACUUAUCAGAAUGUAAAAAGUUAAAACAUUUACGUUUGGCUAGUAAUAAACUAACCUCGGCAGAGUUCUUAAACCAAUUACCUAAUCCUGAAAAGUUAGAAGAUUUAUUUUUGCUUGCCAACAAAAUCCAACCUACUAACAUUUCCAUUUUUAUCCAAGAUUUAAAAACCAAAAUCCAAGAAACUAAAACUGAACUAGAAAGAGUUAAAACCCAAGAAAGCGAAAAAGCUGCUAAAAUAGAACGCUUAAAAACUAGUCUCCAACGAUUAGAACAAAUCAAAACUCGCUUAGAAACAGAAUUAGCCCAAGAACAGCAACAACAUAAUCAGACUAAAACUAACUUUCGGUCCCAAUUAAGGGACUUAGCCACCAUACUGUUUCCCAGUAAUAGCGAUAUUAGGAAUAUUAGUUUUAGUGAUUUGAAAGAGCAGGCAGAGAAAGCAUGCGGUAAUAGGGAGUUUAAUUAUCCUAGGAGGGCAAAAAACUUAUCACUAUUACCAAGGAGAAAUGAAACUGAACAUAAGAAAUUAACUAAUUUACUUAAACUUCCCCAAGUAGAGAAAGAAAAAAAUAAGUUUGAGAAAAAAAAAGAAGAAUUAAACCAAUUAAUUACUAGAACUAAAAGUAAACUUAAUAGAGCUGAAAGUUAUUUAUUAGAACAAAUCCUUGCUGAAAACCUUAACUUAGAAAAGUUAACUGAACUACAAAUCGCCUUAUCGGACCAUUUAGAAAUAGAACUUAUUCUAACUAAAAAGCAAGAGAUAAAUGGGAAAAUUUUUGCCGAAGGACCCUUGGGAAAGAAAGAAUUAACCAUUCCUCACCAGUUAGAGAUUACCAAUAAAGAAGGUAAUUUGUUUACUAAAUCAGAAAAUACUGCUUUAGCCGGAACUUAUAAUUCCUUAAUAUCUAAUCUUAUAGAAGGGGUAGUGAAGGGAUAUGAAGAUAUCGCGGAAGUAAAAGGAGUAGGUUUUAAGGUAACUUUAAAAGAAAAAAAAAUAGAGUUUUCUUUGGGUAAAUCCCAUUUGAUUUAUGUGGACAUUCCCGAAGACCUAGAAGUAAAAGUUGAGAGAAAUAAAAUAACAGUCAAAGGUUUGGAUAAGCAAAAAGUUAGAAACUUUAUCGCCAAUAAAAUUAGGCCUUUGCAUGUGCCAAGUGUUUAUAGGACCUCCAAAGGUUCCAAAGGAAUUUAUUAUCCUGACGAGGAAAAGACUAUCAAAUUGAAAGAGGGGAAUUUAAGCAAAUUGGGAAUAGAAAACUGCUUAUCUCUAUUAGGGACUAAUUUAUCUGAGGAGCAAGUUAAACUUAUUGCUGAAUUAAAAAAGACAAUUGUUCUCUUUUUGGACAAUGAUAAAGCUGGGCAAGAAGCUACCAUUAACAUCGCAGUUAAAUUAUUAUUAAAGGAGAUUGAUUGCGAGAUAGUAAGAAAUAAUUACAAAGGUGAUCCCGACGAAAUUUGCCGACAGCAAGAUAAAAAGGUAGUAGAAAAUAUUCUCUGCCAGAGAGAAAAUCCUUAUUUAUUCAUCCUUAAUUAUUGCUUUGAUAAGUGGGAAGUUCAAGAUAACCCUCAAAGGGUUAGCCGUUUUAUUGUCGAGAUUGCUAGAAUUUUCCAAAAUUUCAAAGUAAACGUUCGAAGUUUUCUUGUUGAAAAAAUAAGUCAUUUAAUAAAAUGA